AUGGGCAAAAGAGGCUGGAAAGGAGGUAGUUCAGGCUACAAGGUGAAAAAACAGCGGUGUGGAUCGCUUUUAGAGCCUGGUCAAUAUGGAAUUUACGCCUCUUGCAAUAGAGGCCGAGAAAUGAAGGCUGCUAAGGAACUGCGAGUUAUUCUUAAUGAAAAAUUUAAAGAAUUAUACCCGGAAGAGAGUAAGCAGUUACUUACGGACGCCGAGAAUAGUGAAGACGAAGAAGAAUCUGUUGAGGAUGCCAUUCAGAAGGAAUUGACAGCAAUUCAUAGAGAAGAUAAGAUGAAUAAAAACCAACAAGUUAUCACAGAGGUACCUAUUAGUGUCGAGUCUCUUCUAUUCUUUCAUAUGAAAAAACCCAUAGUGCCGUCAGAGUUUGCGCAUCGCAUCUGCCAGUCUAUCUACGAUUCCAAAGUCAAGAAUUCACGAUUUGUCCAGAGAUUGACACCCAUCGACAAGUCAUGCAACGGAGAUCUUGAAGAAUUCAUUAAAAUGGCUACACCGAUAUUGAAAGAAAGUAUUAAACCAGGAAUGUCGUACUCUGUGAAUAUGACCAGACGGAAUUUCACCAACAUUGAAAGAGAUGAUUUCAUGGCAGAGAUUUCCAAGAUUCUGCCCGAGUCGGAGCUCCACUACAAAAAUGCUGAUAAGAUGAUCCACGUAUAUUGUUUCAAAAAUAAUAUAGGAAUAAGCGUGACGGACUAUGAUAGCUUUGACGAUCUGUGCAAAUUCAAUCUCCAGCAGAUUUUCGACAAGUCAAAUGGGUAUCUGGAUAUAAAGAAGGCUGUCCCCGAGAAGGAGGUUUCAAUGAAGGUUGAGAAGGUCUCCGAGGAGGUCCCCCAAAAGAAAGCUCCCGAAAAGCCUCAGGCCAAAGCCUGA